AUGUCACUUUCUUAUCCAAAUUCCAAUGAUAAUCUUAAUAAAUCUGGUGGAAUUUAUGAAUACAGAAGCAUAGAUCGUAAAACACGCCAAGUUUUAUUUUUUGAAUGUGAUUUAAGUUGCAUUAAACAAACCUUUUUAAAAAGAAGUGAAAAAUUUACUGAACAACGUGCAAAUCAUCUACUUGAAAAAUACAUACAGAAGCAUAGAAAAACAAGAUGCACAGCGUAUUUCUUGAUCGAUCGGAUACGUUUCCAACGCAGAAGACCAAUAGACAUAAGACCAUUUCGUAAAGAAGUGAUUUACCGGGAAAUUAAGCACUUUUUUGUGUUUCCAAAUUAUCCUGAAGUAUUUAUGAUAUGUAUUGUGGACGAGAACAAGAAUAAACGUUCAUAUGAAUCCUUUGAAUGUACUAGUAGUGAUAUCGUAAGUACUGUAUGCGGAUUAACCUAUAAGGCGUCUAUAGAUACACAUAAUAUUUUGCGUGAUACACUUUCAAUAAGACAGAUAUCUAUAUCAUCAAGAUCUUCAACAACCGAUCAUAAUUCCAUACAAGAAUUGGAUGAUUCAACAUUCAACAGUUCUGCCAGUGUGGCAUAUGCAAAUGAAAACAUGGCUCUAGAUUUUGUUCGAUCAACUGAAGGUAUUUCUAGUGAUCAUAAUGGCGACAAUAUGAAAAAUGAUCCAAUCUAUUUUGAUAAUGAUGGAAAUGAUGACUACGCUGAUGGUCAUGAAGAAAUUGAUCAAAUAUUAUCCUCAGAGUUAAACAGUAAUUAUGAAAGGAAGCAGUCAAAAAUAAAGGAAUUAAAAAGCCCAUCGAAUAUCUCAUCAUCAAUAUAUAGCCCGAAAAGAAUAUGUUCGCAACUGGAUUCAUCCUAUGCACUGUGUUCAAAUGAAAAUUCAUUCGCCUCUAGACGAAUGAGCGCUACGAAAAAUAAUGUCAUUUAUGAUUGUUCUGUACAUAAAACACUACCAGUUUGUACAAAGAAUAAAGUGACACACCUAAAUGUACCAGGCGAUAAAGCUAAAUAUUCCAAACAAAAGCUAAGUAAUUUUAUGCCUUUAUCAUCUACAUCUUCAGAAGACUACGAUUUCAACGAAAAACAGGACAUAUCACAAAUGCAUCGAAAUAAAAAUUCAAUAACAAGCACCUCCAGAAGACGAUCCCUUAUUCCCAAUCUAGAGUUAAACCAGUCGUCUAUGUAUGAUACGUGUAUACGGAAAAAAACAGUUACAAUCGCUCAGUCGAAUAACAUUUUCCGUUACAACAGUGAUGUAAACCUUUACCAAGAUGAUGCAGUCUUAAGGGAUGACGAAAACGACAACAAUGUGCUCCGCAAAUCGAAGUCAUAUAUGGAUAUACGGUCUGGCGAUGUGACAUAUUUAGGCUUUGAUCCAAUCGUCGGUAUACGGAUAAAUAAUAAAGGCCCUUUAUAUAUGUAUAUGGCACGAUACGAUGGUGAUCGAUUAACUCCACCUUGUAAUUGUUCAGAUUUAAAACAUUUCACACUCAAAUAA